UGUUUUCAAGUAUUUACUCAGGCUGGUUUAUAUAUAAGUUAUUCCGAUGACUGGAAUUUGCCUCGUCCAUUGAAUCGCUUCUGUCAUAAUCUUCUUUGUGGCUGUAUUCAAUUCCUUUAGUCACUGUGAUUCAAAGGUUGUAAAUAAGUGUGUAGCUUCGAAGAACUGACUCGAAAGCUGUGGAUGGAAAGGAGUCUUAGUCAGGCAAUCAAGGGAAGCGCACAGACAUGUUUCGCCUGUGUGUUGUUGGAAGUGGGGGAGUGGGGAAAAGCUCUUUGACAAUACGUUACCUGAAGAAUGAGUUCACAGAGUACUAUGACCCCACAUUAGAGGAGACAUACAGAAAGGAGAUUGAAUAUAAUGGAAAGCUCUAUGACGUGGAGAUAGUAGACACUGCGGGUCAAGAAGAGUUUAGUUCUUUCCGCGAUUCAUCAGUUGCAACUGGAGAUGCAUUCUUGGUACUAUUUGCCAUAAAUUCCACAUCAAGUUGGCAUGAACUGAAGGAUCUACGAAGCAAGAUUAUUCAGGAUAGGCAAUUGAGUUCCACUAUACCCAUGGUCUUAGUGGCUAAUAAGUUGGAUCUAGAUGGUGAACGCGAAGUGACAAAGGAUGAAGUGUUGGAAUACUGCAAUUCAGCUGAAGUCAACAUUCCAUUAAUUGAAACGUCAGCUAAGACUGGCCUUAAUGUUGAGGAAUCAUUUCAACUUAUGAUGCAGCAGAUUCAAAGAAUUCAACCAGCACUUUUAGAAAGAACAGUACCCAAAAAUCAUGCAAACAAACCACAGAAAAAAGAUAAUUGUGUUCUACUCUAGGAUUAGUAGAUAAUAAGAUUUAAUUUUCGCAGCUGAACAGGAAGAGGAAAAAAAAAAGAUUUUGAUAUUAAAACAGUUGCUGACAAGGAGGACCUUUGUUAUUACAGAAUACCUGUUCAACUUUCUGUGGGUCGGUUUGGAAUGGGAACACAUACCAACAGCUUUACCAUACUUAGCUUACCGCAAGUGUUUUCAAUUACAGUGUUUCAAUCCCUUGAAGUUUUGGACAGAAAGCAGAAAUAAUGCAGGAGAUUUGCGUUAAAGCUGGUUGUUUUGUGUAAUUUGGCAAGAAAAAGAAUGUAGCUCCCAGCCUUACAACAUAAAUUUGUAGCUGUAACAGUAUUUUGACUUUUAUGUGGCUUAAAAGUGAAGAAUGUGUGGACAUUUUAUGGCCAGUGUAUGGUGACACGUGACCACUAUUUGGAAUGAAUAAAAAAUUUCUGGUGUUUCA